AUGUCCACUUCCAACAUAAAUUCAGAACUCAGAACGUCAAGGAUCCAGUCGGGGGAUAUGGUGCUAGUGAGGCUACCAAACGGUGACGUGCGCAGCAUCAAACCAGAGAGAGAUUCUACAGUGGUCAUUGGGAAAUUUGGCUCAUUCUUUGCCAAUGAACUCAUCGAUGAGCAAUAUGGGCUGACCUUCGAAAUAUUGGGGAAACACUUGAAGGUCGUGCCUCCUCGAACGCUGCAGGAGGUAGAGGAUACCGAUGCUACGAACGAAUUGAUCAACGAUGGUGAAUUUGUGCAACCCUUGACCCUAGAGGAGAUACAGGCCUUAAAACAAUCUGGUGUUCAUGCAUCUGACAUAAUUAAAAGGCAAAUAGAGCAACAUGCCAACUACUCUUUGAAAACUGAGUACAGCAAAGAGAAGUACAAAAAACGGAAGGAAGCAAAGUACUCUAAAUCAUUUACCACGAUCGAGCCAACUUUGUUCAAUGUCUGCGAAUACUGGUUCAUUAAGGAUCAGAAUCGAAUACGCGAUAUUCGAAUCGACUCGCUGUCACAAAUACUGAACUUAGCAAAUAUUCGACCAGGAGGCAAGUACCUUGCCAUCGAUGACGCCUCGGGCAUAGUGGUCUCUGGAAUUCUGGAAAGACUAGGAGGUGAAGGGAAGCUAAUCACUAUAUGUGAUACCGACUCUCCUCCUGCCUAUCCUGUCAUGUCGCAAAUGAACUUCAAAACUGGGAUCACCACUGUGCUUGCGUCCCUUAACUGGGCCACAUGCCAGAAAGACUAUACGCCAGUGUUGCCCCCGUCUGAACUACCUUCUGAUCAAAUCAGAUCCGAACGACAAAAAUCUCGACUCAAUAAGCGAAAAGCUGCUUUGGAUUUUCUAAACAAAACUCGUGAUGACCUCUUCGCUGGAGGAUUCGACGGUCUCAUCGUGGCGAGCGAGUAUGAACCCCAUUCAAUCAUUGAGAAAAUGGCACCGUACCUGGCCGGUUCCGCCUCGAUUGUGGUCCAUACUCCUCACGUCCAAGUUGCGGCCGACUUACAAACGAGGCUCCGAAAUCUUCCCCAGUAUCUUUGCCCAACUGUCACAGAGUCUUGGUUACGCCGCUACCAGGUACUCCCCGGCCGAACUCAUCCAACAAUGGCCAUGUCUGGGUCAGGAGGUUUUAUCAUGCAUGCGAUUAAAAUGUUAGUGGCUUUUCACUAUUCAAACGAUUGA